CAACAACAACAACAGCAACUUGACCAUGCAAAUUAUCUUACUUAUUUAGCCAUGUGUUUCUUUUUUUCAGCACGCAUAUGACAACUUAGAAUCUGUCAAAGUCCUUGUAACCACUUUUAUAGAUGAGAAAGAGAUUUGUAAAAGAAUUCUUCAUGUCAGCAGUGCCAAAGACAUCACAGGUCAAAGCCAAGCUCAGCACAUGGGCUGUGUGCUUGAUAGGUUGCUAAAGUAUAACACUGAUUUCAUGGAAUAUAUUGAUGUUGACAAUGAGGUAGACGUUAAGGACUUUGAUAGAUUCCAUAUCUUCCUGUCAGCCAGAGGGCCACCGAUGGAAACCUCUCUUAGGGAGAUUAGACAAAAUCAGUCUACCAUUACCACAGAAGAACAAAGUCAACCCCUGAAGUCACUACUCAAGAGGAAAGCCCCACAGAUUCUUAAGGAGUAUGACACUACAGGUACCCUGUCAGUGCCAUCGAGGAAGCUUCUUGUGAAGACUUGCAUUGGGGAUUGGUGGAGAGGUGUGGUUAGUAAGUAUAGCACCUUACUGCACUUUGUUAAAAUUUUGCAAUGAAUGUUUUUCUUUAAGAAUGUUGAAGUGCACAGGAGUAAAAAAAAUGUUACCUUUAUUUUCCAGUUACCCUCUUAGUGCAGAGAAGUUGACUGUAGCAAAAAGCAUCAUCACCACUUUUCCAUCCCUGAGUGUCCGAGUGGCAGGACAGGGGGAAGGAUUUGAGCAUUAUUAUGAUCCAGUCUCUCAUUGUGGAUUCCUAGAGACUAAACUGCGCAACCUUAGACGGAAUCUCGACAAGGGGCAGAGACGUUAUAAGAAGCGAAAAGUGACCAAUGACUGUGGUGAAGACAAGAAGCUCAGGCAAGAGGAUGGGAAUACCAGCAGCACAGAUGAGUGGGUCACCCUGAUCAAAAGAUUGCGGCCCUCAGCUGAGAACCUUCCAACUAUCAUGUCAGGCAUGGAGGAAACAUACACCAGUCGCAGAGCCUGGAUUAGCAAGGACUCCCCCACUGCUGCUGAAAUAUUCAGAGAGUACCCACGGUUUUUGGACAUGCCAAGUCUGCUGGACUUGGAGUUUGGCAAGCUUACAGGAGGAAAGGUGGACCUUUUUUUACGAAAAUGGGAAGCCAGUAUCAUUCCGAAACUCAAAUCAGUAGCUGCCCUGGAAACAAGAAUGUCCUCUCUGUUGAAGGAUUUUGAAGAGAAGACUGAAGAUGAGGCUUGUUACACUGCCCUUGUGGUGUUAACACACCUGCUCCCACCAGUUGGUGCCAGUCGUUGCAGCCUUAAAUCAGCUAUAACGCACUUGGUUGAUUUUGAUUAUUCAGUACAGUUCUCAUGGUAUUUACCUGAGGAAAGCAUUUGUCAACACCUGACUGAAUACUUCUUUAAAAAUCUAUCUUUAUCUUCCCCAUCUCCAAGCCUGGAACAAGUAUUGCAUCGCUUUGCAGUGAUCCUGAAGCAUCAUCCACAACACACCAACCCCAGCUGAUAUGCAUCGGUGAUCUAAAGAGUGCAACCAGGCAGUACAUCAUUGUUGCUAAGAAUGACAAAGUAACCAUUCCUCUGAAUGAUGGCCUGACGUGUGCUGUGGAUAAGCUUUUCAAACUGUACUGGGUAUGUAACUUGUCCUAUCCAGCACCACUUGGCUCCGUCUUCACCUUCUUUGAGUUUGUCUAUGACCUGCCGCUGUCCACCCAAAGGAAAACCAAAGUACUGGAGCUGAUUGCACAGAUUAAAGCAUGCAAGUAAAAUGUUCACCUGUCCAAAAUGUAGAGAGUCUCUGUUCACAGAGGUGAGAAACCUCAUUUGGCAUCUUCGUCAAAUACACUGCUUAUCAGAUGGACAAAACUUAAAAAUUAUAUGUAGCCAAGAUGGCUGCCCAAGGACGUAUUAUAACUUAAAUUCAUUUUCAAAGCACCUGCAUAGAUCUCAUUCUACUUCAUCUUCAAUGUAUGCUGACUCAGUUCAACCUUCUUACCAAGGAGAGACAUCAAACAGUUCAGUUGAAACUGAUGAUCUAGUUCCUGAUGUUUUGGAGAUACCCA